AUGGCCGCCACACAACCAACAGCUGAUGCUCUUUCGGACAACAGAGCCGUUCCUGCACGGUUAAAAUUAUGGAAAGAGAGCCUAGAUUCAGUUGCUACACUGUCGGGAUAUGGCCGCUUAGAUCUGGACUUGACCGAACAGAACCUGGCGAGACUGUUUGCCCGCGUCCAGGUUUCUGAUUACCCGCCAUCCGCUGGUGUACCUAGAGAGAAGCCUCCAGCUCCGACUUUCGAGGAAGAAGGGGCAGCUCCCCUCCAUCUCAACAUCGUUAUUCAUGUCAUAGGGUCUCGUGGGGAUAUUCAACCAUUUAUCGUGAUUGGGAAGUCUUUGAAAGCAUACGGCCAUCGCGUGCGACUAGCAACCCACCUGGCGUUUAGGGACAUGGUCAAGGAGAACGGACUGGAGUUCUUCAACAUUGGAGGCAACCCCGAAGAAUUGAUGAUGUUUAUGGUAAAAAAUGCAGGGCUGUUGCCUGAAUUCAAGACCAUCCGAAGCGGAGCCAUCCAACAACAUCGACGCGGCAUGGGCGACAUUAUCAGCGGCUGCUGGCGUUCAUGCGUUGAGACUGGAGAUGGAACUCAGGAGCGCGUAGCCUCGGAUGAUGCUGCAACUGAUGGAGCUGAUCAUCUCACGGCACCCUUUGUGGCUGAUGCAAUUGUGGCCAACCCACCUAGUCUCGCUCAUAUCCAUUGUGCAGAGAAGCUGGGGAUACCACUUACUAUAAUGUUUACGAUGCCAUGGUCGCCCACUCAAGCAUUCCCCCACCCGCUUGCCAGCGUCCGACGAUAUAGCACCAAGCCAACAGUUGCGAACUUUGUAUCGUACGCUGUUGUAGACUGGCUCAUUUGGCAGGGCCUAGGAGAUAUAAUCAACCGAUUUCGGAGGAAAACACUAGGCCUAGAUAUCUUGGAUACUCCACAAGCUGUGACUCUUGUGCACCGUCUACAUGUUCCGCAUGCCUAUCUGUGGUCUCCUGCUCUACUUCCAAAACCAGGGGAUUGGUCCAGGGAUAUUGAUGUUUGCGGGUUUACCUUUCUCUCCUCAGCAAGCAACUACACACCUCCAGAGGAUCUGCUUGCGUUUCUACGCGCGGGUUCGCCGCCAGUAUAUGUAGGAUUCGGGUCCAUUGUUGUGGAAGAUCCGCAAAAAUUGAGCUCUAUUGUUUUUGAAGCUAUCCAAAAGACGGGCCAGCGAGCCAUCAUUUCCAAGGGUUGGGGAGGACUGGGAGCAAGUGAAGUGGAUGUCCCUGAGAAUAUCUUCCUAGUCGGCAGCUGUCCUCAUGACUGGUUAUUCAAGCAUGUGUCCUGCGUUGUUCAUCACGGGGGCGCUGGAACUACAGCUGCUGGCUUGAAACUGGGAUGUCCGACUGUUAUUGUACCUUUUUUUGGCGAUCAGCCAUUCUGGGGAUCCAUAGUUGCUCGGCGUGGAGUUGGUCCAUCUCCAAUCCCCUACCGAGAGCUCACGGUGGACAAGCUUGCAGACGCCAUCCGCAUGGCUCUAGAACCAUCUUCGCGCCAAAAAGCCCACGAAAUUAGUGAGGUUAUACAGCAAGAAUCCGGCACAAAAGCAGCAAUCUCUAGCUUUCACCACCACUUACAGGACACGCGAAUAAGGUGCGCUCUGUGCCCAUCGCGGGCAGCGGUGUGGUGGCUGAAGGACCGUGAGGUUGGCUUGAGCGCCUUUGCAACGACUGUAUUGGUAGAGGCAGGGCUCAUGAAAGUACGGCGUCUUGAGCUGUACCGCUCUGAGGAGUAUGACACUGCUAGAGACCCUGGAACUCCACUCAGGGCACUGGUGGAGGUGGUACUGGGUAGCAUAGCCAAAGCCGCGACCGAUGUCGGCGAUAUCGCCUCGGAGAUCCUUGCCGUGAUUUCGGGCCAACGCUGUCGCCAAAAGUCUGGCGGAAGAACCCACAGCAUCGAGGCUGAAAAAAUGGCAAGAGAGAUCUCAGCAUCUUCUGGGGAUCCUGGCGCCACAGCUGCCUGUGAAACUACAAUGCGAGAGGAGAAGCGGUAUCCGACGAAGUUUACCCAACGGGCUGCCAAAGCAGCUGCUCGUACAGGGCGUCUAGCCCAGGGAGCGCUGGAUUUUAUUGUCAUUCCCCCAAUGGAGAUCUCUCUUACAUUGUCUAGAGGUUUCCAUAAUGCGCCACUGGUUUUUCAUGAUAAUACCGUGAGGGAUACUCCGAGGGUGACUGGAAUGCGAACUGGACUAAAAGCAGCAGGAAAGGAGCUUACAUUUGGCGUCUACGACGGCGUCACCGGAUUGGUUACCCUUCCUCGCCGGGGCCUGAAAGAUUCUGGAGCAAAAGGCCUAAUUCGCGGAGUUGGGAAUGGAGUUGGAGGGCUCCUAUCGAAACCACUGGCAGGUUCGUCAAUAUUCUCGUCCUACCUACUCGGACGUCACUAG